CUGGUCACUGGUCACUGGUGAACCAUCCACCCCGUCCACCUUACCUUUGCCGAACGAGACGAGACGGGGGAAAGAGGGAAAAGCGCAUCUGCCGUAAUCGAAUCGAUCCAAGACAACGACGGAUAGGAACGAUACGAUACGAUACGGUACGGUACGGUGCGAUUAUUCGAGCAUAAAUGGAUGAAAUGCAUGGAAUGAAUAAAUUGGAUGAAAUGGAUAAAAUACCAAUGCUAUCUCAAAGUAGUCUGGAUGCGCAGGAAAUUAAACUUCCUCGUGUGACUAUUACUUUUUGUACGCAGUGUCGGUGGUUACUUAGGGCUGCUUAUGUAUGUGUAUUUUUCUCUUGUGAAUUUUUUGGGUUUUUGUUUUGUCGAUUUUUGAUUCGUGGGUGUUUUUUGUUUGUUUGCUUUUGAUGGUUUGUUUGCUAUUUUCUGGUUUAUGCUAUGAAGAGGUAUAUAUGGAUGAGCUCGAGGCAGUAUUGGAUCGGUGUGGGUGGUAUUAUUGGAUUUAUGCAAGUGCUGUUGUCUGGUUACUAGGUGGUUUUGAUGUUUGGGUGGUGGAAGGAGGAGGUGUGGAUGAUGGGUAUGGAUGAUAGGAGAGACCUGGGGUUGGCGAAUGGAGGGAUCUUUGGGUGAGGUGGUUAUUUUAUAUGGGAAUCAUGUCUGGCAGGAAAGAGAGGCAAUUCUAUUUAGGAGAUUUUGGAUGAUGGAGUGAAAUGAGAGGAUGAGAGGAUGAGAGAAGCGGUGAUAAGUGGAGAGAAUGAGAAAUCGUGCAAGUUGCUUGAUUUCAAAGAUUUAUUUGAAUGUUUGAUAUAACGGAUGGAUGGGAUAUCGAACAGAUGGUAUGGGAUGAAUUGAGUUGGCUGGAACAGGAUGGUUAGUUUCCAUACUCUGUAGUUUCAGAGUUCCACUGCCCAUCGAUACCAUAUCCGCCGAACCUGCUCAGUUCGGCAAUAUAUCCGCUCAUGGAUAGCCAUCAUAAUAUGAUUAAUCUGCAUUGUCUAGGAAAAAGAACGGCCCACCAGAAUACCCCAAUUUCUCUGUCUGUUAAUCUGUGAUUAUCUCUUCCCCAUUACAACAUCGGAAUACAGAUAUGAAUGGCCUUUAUUUGUCUAGGAUAAAUACCUAGAGAUGAGGGGAAUGGCAAGACCAUUGCAUUUCAAAGUCACGUGAUUGGCGGUAGACUAUGGAAGAUUGAAGUCAUCUUCCUAAGGCUUCUGUUGACUCAAUCCAGAGUGUUGGGCAUUUUAGCUUAACUUAAGUUGGUUGUUAAAAGUCGCGGCAUCUAAAUUUUGCUGUUUCUCUGUCUACAUUUAUAUUCUACUAUUUUCCUCCCUGUAUUCUUCUUAUAUACCCCACUCCUUAGUUAUUAUUGCCUAUCCUCCCUCUUGUUACCCAAACAAAACCACGACCUCAUCCAAGAAAACACCCUACUAAUAUACCUAAACAGUUUGCCCAAGAACUCCUUUCAACCUUCGGAAAUGACAUAGGAGAAGUUGCUCUUCAACCUAGUACUGGUGGAAUAUUUAUUGUUGAAUUGUUUACAAAUGCGAAUGCUACUGGUAAUGCGGGAGGAGAAGCUGAAAAGAAUGCGAAGGAAGGAGAGAAAGAGGUGAAGAUACUGAAACAUACACUUUGGAAUCGGAAGAGUGAGGGUGGAUUUCCUGGUAUGUGUCUCAUUCUUUUAUCUUCUCUUUCUCUAGUUGGAAUUUCUCAAACAGAGCGAUUGGAGUUUUGAUAGAAGAAUGGAUGGGCUUUGAACGGGAUUACGAGUCUAUUAUGUUGAAAGAGGAUGUAUGACAAAAUGAAUGGAUUGCUAAUCUUAAUAUAACCAGAAACCAAAGAAUUGAAAAAGAGACUUAGAAAUAUAAUUGAUCCGUCAAGGGAUUUAGGUCAUGUUGAUGGAAAGAAAUGUAAGUCUUCUAUUUUAAACCUAUUUCUUUUUAUCUCAUCCACCCUCGCUUUCCUUUCAUGGUUGUUUAAUCGAAACUAACACUCCUAACAGCAACCACAACGAUGACUUCCAAUUCAUCCAUCACUGCGCAUAGUAGUGACUCCACUUCCACCACAAAAUCAACUGAAGAGGAGAAGGGGAAAGAAGAAACAGCAAAGGAAAUAGAAACAGAAAUAGAGACGAAGGAAAAAGCUAAUAUAGGAGAGGAGAAAAAAGAUGGGGAAAAGCAAGAUGCAGAGAAAUUAGGCGAGGAGAAAGUAAAUGAAAGGGGUAAAAUUGUUAUUACUGGUUUGGAAGGAGAAGGUGGAUUUGGUUUCUGUGUGCCGGGUGAGGAUUGUGGUGGGUUUUAGGCUUUUGAGAUGGAAGAUGAAGAGGAAGGGGAAGAGAGAUGGAGGAUGAGAUGAGGGGUAGAGUGGGAUUUUGAGGGUUAUAUUUAUCUAUAAUUAUAUUUAUCCGGAUAUACUCAUC